GUAAACUAUUCAAGAGAAAAUACUUUAAAUGUACAAGCCCAAUUCAAUAUCUGUUCAUUUAUAUUUCAAAAAUGCAUACUGGUAGUUGAGCUAUAGAGAAGACCCAUACUAACUAUUUACGGACUGUACACAUUUUGGAGGCUAAUAUAGAGAAGGUGUCAAAAUUAUAUAUUUCUUCUUUGAAUUCAACAUUCUUGAUAAUGUUAAUGACGGGUCAUGGCUAGCAGGGGAAUCCAGGAUGAGCAUUUCGUCCUAUUUGGGACUCGUCAGCUGGAUGCACGUGUACGUGAAUGUACGUGUAUUAUGACCGAAUAUUUCUUGCAUUUCUGCGUCAAUCAAAAUUUACUCAUGCUGAAUCACAAAUUCGUUUAGAUAAUUUUAUCACACUGCGUACAUCUCCUGAAAGUUCUGUCACUAACUGGUUUGAUCUUUCGUCAUUAACCAAUUCUAUGCUUGAAGAUUACUUCAGAAUGGGUGUUCACUGUCCAAUUGGAUUUCUUCCGGAUGGGACAUUUCUAUUCAUGGUUCGAGUUGGACGUUGGAAUAACAACAUUUUAUCUGCUGAUAAUGUACUGCGAUUAGUUUUUGCUCAGCUUGAUCGUAUUCUAGAAGAUCCAAGAGUUCAGAUAGCUGGUCUACGUGUUUUCAUUGAUUUUACGGGUGCUUCACCAUCUCUUUUGGACACAAUUAAUCCUAAGAAGACAAUGAAAGAUUUUAGUAAAAUAUUACAGGAAGCUUAUCCAUUUCGAAUGAAGGGGAUUAUUUAUUACAAUGAACCAGCUUUAAUGGAUGUACUGUUUAAACUGCUGUCGAUAUGGCUAAAACCGAAAGUGAAAGAUCGGUUCAUACGAGUGAAGGAUAAUAUAAAGAAAGCCUAUGAUAAAAUACCGGGACUUCAAGCUGCACUCCCAAGAGAAUAUGGUGGACAAAACAGAAGUAUAGAAGAUAUACUGAGAGAACAAAAUGCGGACUUUAAAGACUACCUAUCCAAAGGUGAAACUUUAUGGAGAGGAAUGUCUGUGGAUGAAAGAAAACGACCUGAAUCAGCUAAACGACUGAUGAAUGAAUAUAAAGAUGUAGAUGAUCGAACAAUGGGUACAAGUGGGACAUUUAUUAGAUUACCAGUAAAUGAUUGAAUAACUGUCAUUUCGAAUUCAGUGUUAUUUUAUACAACAGAAAAAAAAAUUAUUUAUUUUUACAUCAGCAUGUAAAUUUUGUAUAAUUUAAUUGAGAAUAACAAUUGCAUAUGAUUAUAUACACGCAUAUUUCUCGGUUGUAAUCAGAAGUUUAUGAAAUACGAUUUGAAUAUUACUUAUUGAUUGA